AUCGUAUUCCUGUCUGGUGGCCAAUCUGAGGCUGAGGCGACCAAGAAUCUACAGGCAAUUAACAGCUACCCUGGGAAAAAGCCAUGGGUCCUUAGCUUCAGUUUCGGUCGUGCCCUACAGGCCUCUGCAAUUAAAGCAUGGGCUGGCAAGUCUGAAAACACCAAGGCUGCUCAAAGCGAAUUUCUAAAACUUGCCCAAGAGUUGCGUGAAACUGCCAACGCCAUUGUCGCUCCUGGCAAGGGUAUUUUGGCUGCUGAUGAGAGCACUGGCACUAUCGGCAAGCGCUUCGCUUCUAUUGGUCUCGAGAACACCGAAGAAAAUCGUCGGGUGUACCGGGAACUUCUUUUCACCACCGACCCCGAAUUUGCCAAAAACAUUUCUGGCGUUAUUCUCUUCCACGAGACUGUCUACCAGAAAACUAAGGACGGAAAGCCAUUUGUUCAACUCCUGAAGGAGAGGGGAGUGAUCCCUGGCAUUAAAGUAGACAAGGGCGUUGUUCCUCUUGGUGGCACCUAUAACGAAUGCACAACUCAGGGUCUGGACGGUCUGGCAGAACGUUGCGCCCAAUACUACAAGGAUGGUUGCCGAUUUGCCAAAUGGAGAUGCGUCCUCAAGAUUUCUUCGCACACUCCAUCAUAUCUAGCUAUGCUAGAGAAUGCCAAUGUUCUCGCACGAUAUGCUUCUAUUUGCCAGCAGAAUGGUCUGGUUCCGAUUGUUGAGCCUGAGGUUCUUUGUGAUGGUGAUCACGAUUUGGAAACAUGUCAGCGCGUCACCGAGGAUGUCCUUCAUUUUGUAUACAAGGCUCUCGCAGACCACCAUGUCUACCUGGAGGGUACUCUUCUAAAGCCAAACAUGGUGACCGCGGGUCAGAGUUGUCCCAACAAGUCCUCAAACCAGGAAAAUGCUCGCGCCACAGUUGAGGCUCUUCAGCGCAGCGUUCCUGCUUCGGUUCCUGGUAAUCAAUACUGGUGA